AAUCAAACACGUGUCUAGGCUACAUAGUGAUAUGGAACAAACUCGUGCAACUUGCUAGCUCCGACCAAACUAGCUACAGUUUAGUGAAUCUAGCGUUCAGAUGGGGUGAUAAUCAUUUGGGUUACGUUUAGGUAAGUGUUCGACCUGUUUUUGACCGUUUGUGACCCCACAAAUGUGCGACAAUGCAUGUUUACCAAACGUUGAGAUGUGCCCCGCGUAGUCAAGCAAACAGGCUGGUUUUAGGACUGGCCUCAGACUUCGGCUUCACGUCCUCUGUGAACAGCUUCUCCACAUCACAUUCAAGCAGAGCACGUAAGAAAAACAGUGAAUACAGUGCCGUGGAUAGUGAGCGAUAUUCUUUACUUAUCAAAACGGUCGUUUCCUCUAAAGUAAGUUGUCAAACCCCAGAGACCCUACAAGAAGAAGAUUCUUACGUCUAUGGACCUGUUGUAAAAUCUCAAAUACCUUCUCAAAGACUUGUACCGAAAGCACCAAAGAUCCAUCACCCUUUAGUGAACCCUGACAGGACGUGUGAAAUGGGGGGAGGACCAGGACCUCCAACGCAAAUCGUUUUACAGAGGGGUAAAGGCAUGCACUCGGUUCCUAGUGUGACUCGCAUCCUUCAGCAGACCAUGUCCCCAGAGCAAGUGUAUGUUUUGGAAAGGUGGAGGAGGAGGAUGAUUGCAGAGCUGGGAGAAGAAGGCUUUAGAGAGUACAGUCAAAAUCUAUUCAGACAAGGGAAGCUUUUUCAUACAGUUGUGGAGAACUUUCUGGGACUGGUAGAUGAGACACCUGGGGUAGACACGGAACCUAAAGAGAUGUCAGAAUGCCCACCAGAGACAGAGGGCUACAUGGAGAGUAUCCGUCAUGUAUUGGAGGAUGUCAGUGGAGUGAGAGCCAUCGAAAGCACUGUAAAUCAUGCAACCCUUGGCUACCUGGGCAUAGUGGACUGUGUGGCCAAUUACAGGGGUGUGCGGUGUGUCAUCGACUGGAAGACUUCAGAGAAGCCCAAACCUUACCUCAGUAACACCUAUGACAAUCCUCUUCAGGUGGCAGCUUAUAUUGGGGCCUUAAACAAUGACGACAACUACAGUUACCAGGUGGAAAAUGGACUGAUAGUUGUGGCCUAUAAGGAUGGAACACCAGCCCACCCUCACCCAAUCAGCUCCGAGCAGGUUCUGCAUUACUGGGAGAAAUGGCUGGUCCGCCUGGAGGAAUAUACUGAAGGAAAGUGAUCUCAGUCAUUUCCUGCUUGACUGGAAUUAAUCCCGUGACCUGCUUUACACAAACACUGUGUGAACAAUGUGUUUGUAUGAUCAUGUGAUCUACCAACUUCUGAGGUUGGUAUGGAGAACACCAGUGUUGACUGUGCGGUCUUGAGGCCUCACCCUCAGAUUGACCUC